AUGUCAAUCCCGGGGCCUCUUCCAGAGAGCACUCUGAAGCUGCUCAGCCAGCUGGCACCAAACACCUUCGCAGAUACCGCAGCUCUCGCAGCUGCCGGGCUGUUGUCCGCUGCUUAUGUCUUGCGCGGAUACACAUGGGAUAAGCCCGAUCCGUACAACUACAUUUGGUACGAGAAGCCCCAGCAGGGAGCUGGCGGCAACGCUGCAAAGAAGUCCAAGAACAUCGCUGAGAGGCUAGAAGAGCUCGGCAAAGAUGUAGUCGUCUUCUGGGGCUCGCAGUCUGGCACUGCUGAGGGCUUCGCCAACCGUCUGGCCAGAGAGCUCCAUCAGCGAUUCCACCUCGAGACCAUGUCCGCCGACCUCUCAGACUACGAUGCCGACACGAUCGCACAAAUCCCCCAGACCAAGCUUGCCAUCUUUAUUCUUUCAACUUAUGGCGAGGGAGACCCCAGUGACAACGCCGGCAUGUUCUGGGAUUGGAUCACCAAGCUUCAGGACAAGCCCUUGACCUCCCUCCGCUAUGCAGCCUUCGGCUUGGGAAACAGCAACUACAGAUACUACAACAGAGUCGUCGAUGUCGUCGACAAGGCUCUUGAGGAUACAGGUGCAUCGCGUCUCGCGCCGGUCGGACGUGCCGACGACGCCGAGGGCGCCACCGAGGAAGAUUUCCUCUCAUGGAAGGACGAUCUCUACAAGGUCUUCCGUGAGACUCUCAAACUCACGGAACACGAGGUGAAGCACGAGCCUUCAUUAUCAGUUGUCGAGGAUGAGUCGCUGGAGAUUCAAGAUCUGCACAUUGGCGAACCAGUACAUCUCAUUGAGGGGUCUGGAAAGUCUACGGCAAACUCUGCUAUCAAAGCUCUCAAGAUCAAGAACGCCUACGACUUGUUCUCGUCUCCAGGACGCAGCUGUCUUCACUUGGACCUUGAGCUGGACAGCGGCUCACAACUCACCUACAAGACUGGCGAUCAUCUCGCUGUUUGGCCCAUCAACCCCGACCAAGAAGUUGACCGCCUUCUCAACGUCCUCGGCCUCUCAGAACGCCGCAGUGUCCCCAUCAGCAUCAAUGCUCUGGACGCUGCCGUCAAAGUCAGAAUUCCCACUCCUACCAACGUCGAGACGCUGUUCAGGUACUACCUUGAGAUUUGCGCCGCCGUUCCAAGAGACACUGUCCGCGGUCUUGCUCAGUUCGCUCCUUCGGCUGCUGCAAAGGAGCUCCUUCUGAACCUCGGUAGAGACAAGGACAACUACGCCGGCUUCCUUGCCUCCAACCACCUCACCAUCGGCAAGCUUCUUGAGCUCGCCCUCAAAUCGGAUGAGACCCAGGCCUCAGCAACGUGGUCUGGUAUCCCCUUGUCAUACCUUAUCGAGAAUCUACACCGAUCUCAGCCCCGCUACUACUCCAUCUCUUCCUCUAGCAUUGUUUCUCCCAAAGCCCCUAGCAUUACUGUCGCUGUUUCUGAUACCCCACUAUCUGCAUCUCCUACCACUGCCAUUCCUGGCUUGACAACAAACUACCUCCAAGCCCUUUCAACUUCACUUCAAGAGUCCCAAGCGACUCAGCAGACGGAGGGUCUCAGCUAUGCUCUCACUGGUCCAUCAAACGCUCUCGAAGGUGGGCUUGUCUACGCCCACAUCCGCCGUUCCAAGUUCAAGCUUCCCAUGUUGUCAUCACACCCCUUGAUCAUGGUCGCUGCUGGUACCGGUCUCGCUCCCUUCCGCGGUUUCAUCGCCGAGCGCCUCCGUCUACAGUCCAUCGGCAAGGAUGUUGGCCAAAUGCUGCUCUUCUUUGGAUGCCACAAGCCUGAUGAGGACUACAUCUACCGCGAGGAGCUUGAGCAGAUGGAGAAGGAUCUCGGCGGCAAGUUGAAGAUUGUCACCGCCUUCUCAAGACAGCAAGGUACCAAGAAGACCUAUGUUCAGGAUAAGGUCCGGGAGUUAGGCAAGGAUGUUUCCGAAUUGUUGGCAGAUGGUGCCAGCUUGUACAUGUGCGGCAGAGCAAGCAUGGCGAGAGAGGUUGGCAAGACGCUUGGUGAUGUGAUGAAAGCAGACAAGGGCUGGGAUGAUUUGCAGGUCAAGGACUGGAGCGAGGCAUUGAAGCGCAACCGCAAGUGGCAAGAGGAUGUCUGGGGAUAG